AUGACGGAUAGUGUUGGGGCGGUCGAGGGGACGGGGUCGGGUGAUGGAAGCGGGGAUAUCACUAGCACUGACUCCUCCUCGCCUAUCAUGACGACCGCCUCUGCUCAACCUCCCGUCACUCCUACUUCGAUCCGAUCUAUCGCCCCAACCACCGCUGGCAUCGGAUCGACCGCGUUGAGUGGUGCUACCUCGUCUACCGACACUCCCUUCAACUCUGGAUUGAAGGUCAUCUCGAGCGUUUCAAUCGGUAUUAUGGGAGUCUUUGCCGUCUUUAUCGGGCUGGUCGGUCUGUUCUAG